AUUCGUGUUUCAACAUAAAAUCCACAUCAGCGCACAACAAGGUGAUUUUGUUAGAUUAGAUUUAAUAUUUGGUAAAUAAACAUAUUUUUUACAGAACAUAGGUACUUGUACAAAUAGCCUAUAAUCCCUGCACGUUCAGGCUUUCUGUCUGCCCUCGGGGCUCCCUCACUCACAACUUCCUCCAGAGACACAGGUAUGCACAGGCAUUACGACUCCACAGACACGGCUUUUCGUUUUAUGCAGCGACCAAGCAAAAUUCUUAUUUCCUCUUUAAAAUUGUCACGUACACUUAAUCUGGACUUCAUCAAGUGGCUCAAUUCUUGGAAAAAGACAAAAGGGGUUAAAUGUUCUUUCUUAAGAAAGUAACAUGUGAUGCAGUGGGAUGAUCCAUGUGUGUCACCUGGGAAGGUGGGGUUAUUUUCUUUGCAGAGCACACAGACAACUUCCUUCAUCAGAACACAACGAUGCUUCUAAACUGAGCAAAUCAAAUGAGACAGAUUGAAAGGACUCGCUAGUGUUUUUACAUUUUGGGAGUUCAUCAGAUAAGGCAGAAUGCGGGACAUGCUGGACAGACUGCAGGCCCUUAAUGAGGAGCAGGAGGAAUAUGGGCCUGAGCUGAUUGGACCAGAGUAUGACGUAGACAAGUCGACACUGUAUCAACAGGCAGUCACGUUUGAGAACUCCUCGGACAUUGAUGAAAUCCUGACGGAGGCCCACUCAAUGCGCAAGGACAUCUCCCUGCUCCGGAUAAAGGUGGAGCGCAUGCGUGCACACAAUGAACGCUUCAGCACCACAGUGAACUGCUUCAGCCUUCUUAAAAAGGACUCUGACUCCAUGGCCAGAGAAAUCCAGCAAUUUGCAGAAUCUCUAUACGUGCGUGUGCAGGCCCUGGGUCAAAAGAGCACCCAGCUGGAGGAGAAAGAAGGUCACAACACUGCUGUCAGUCGCAUUGCCAGGGCUCAGUACGACACGCUGACCCUUGACCUCCAGGCUGCCAUGAGUGACUACGGGAAGGCAGAGGAGAUGCAGAAGGUCAUAUGUAGAGGUAGGAUCCAGAGGCAAGCCUCCAUCCUGGGGACACAAAUCAGUGAUAAGCAGCUGGAUGAGCUGGUGGACAAAGGCGGCGAGGGCUGGACAGACCUGUCCCAGAGCCUUCAGACACAAGGCGUACGCUCGACCCGCUGGGCCUUGUGCGAGAUCAAAGGCAGGCACAAGGAGCUGGUGGAGUUGGAGGCCAGGAUGAAGCAGAUUCAUACGCUGUUCAUGGACAUGGCCAUGCUAGUAGAGGAGCAGGGGUCCACUCUGAAUAACAUCGAGGCCAGCGUGUGCAAAACUGAGGAGUACAUUGAAAAUUUCAAUGUUCACAUCAAGAAGGCCAUACAGUACAAGAAGAAAAACCCCUUCCUACAGUGUUGCCCCUGCCUACCCUGCUGGAAACACAAUAAAGUUUUUUAGACUUAAUUUCACAUUGAUUCACAAAUGAUUCAAAAUGGAAAUAAACUCUACCAUAAACGCUAACGCAUGAAAAUAGUUCCGAACUGAAGGGCAGAACAAUGGUAAAAUUAUUCAUUUCGGGCAAUUAUUGGCUUUAUCUGCAGUAAUACAAGUCUUCAUGUUAUUAUAAUGACAGAGUGCAAUUACAAUGCAUGUCAGUGUGUUUAUGUGUGCAUGAAAAAAAAAUCAGUGUUCAGUCAGUGUAUUGUAUACUUCAAGCAGUUGAUUUAAAUGCAAAAUAAAUGUGGUUAUAGUGAAUUAAAUCAGUUUGUUGUCCUGAAAAUAAACUAUGUGAGUCAUGUGAGAAAAAGGAUUCUCGUGCUCUUAAGAGAUUUGGAGUAAGUGGAGUCAUGAGAGUGACAAGCAGAGUGAGGAUGCUUGACAAAUGACUGUUAGUGGUGCCACAAUAUAAGCUGAAUAAAGUCACAGAGAUGUUGGACAUAUUAGAUGAAAUAUGAUGUUUUGAUGCAGGUGUUGAUGAUGAUGAUCAUGUAUUGUGUAAACUGCUGAAAGAUGUGGAAUUUAUUUAUUUAUUUUUUUAAAAAAAGUUAUCAAGAUCUUCUGGACAGUUUGGCAAGCUGUUCAACUGAAAAACAGACCCAACAUAAUUUAAGCUAUUGUGGAAUGUAGUUUCUAACGAGAAGACAAAUUAAAGCAUGUUGUGGAUGUGGAAAAUAUAAAACUAUAUUAACAUUAAGUGGUGUCAUGAGCUUAGGG